UCUUCAGCAGAAGCCCUGUUUGUUUUUGUAAUGUGAACGACUAAAUAAAAAGAUCGGAUUUAACAACAAAUAUAUAUAUAUAUAUAUAUAUAUAUAUAUAUAUAUAUAUAUAUAUAUACAUAUAUAUAUACACACACACACACACGAAUUGGGCUUAAUGCCCUGUGGUGUGAACGUAGCAUUUGUUGACGGUGUAAGUCUCUCAGUAACCUUGUUCGUUACUUCAUCAAUAAAUGCGAGAUAAAUAGACAAACAUCUCGUCGUCUAUCAAUGGAAGACGUGACAAUACUUGUGAUGUUAGGCGUCAGACGAUGCCACCCAAAACAAGGCACCAGCCGGCUGGCAGUUAGCAGCAGAGGAAGAUGAUAACAGUAGCAGCUGUCUAGCAGUAAAAUGAUUGGAACUUCUCGACCCGUUGAAAGAAGGGCAGACAGGCACAAGAUUUAUACCUGUCAGUAGCCAUAAUGACAAAAAUGAAUCUUGGGUCCGGUUCAUAAAGAAGGACGAACAUAACAUCAGGGUGUUAUUACGCUCUUGCCGGCUUUGCUGUACAAUCGGCAUCAACUCUAAUAGUGAGUACCUUCAUUUUAUAUGUGGGCUGGGGACAUCCAUAGAGCUUAAAAAUAUGUAUAAGAAUAAAACAAUUAAAACCUUCUGCAUGCUACUUUCUGUAGUCGACCCCCCAGAAAAAAAUACAUAAAUGAAUCCAUCCAUCCAUCCAUUUCUUAACCGCUUAUCCUCACUAGGGUCGGGAUACACCCUGAACCAGUCGCCAGCCAAUCGCAGGACACACAUAUACAUACAUACACAUAUAUAUAUAUAUAUAUAUAUAGAGAGAGAGAGAGAGAGAGAGAGAGAGAGAGAGAGAGAGAGAGACUGAGAGAGAGAGAGAGAGAGAGAGAGAGAGAGAGACAAACUGCUCCAGUCUCAAAUCAACGGAAUCGACUUUCUCCCCAACAGAAGCAUCAAGUGGAUAUUUGGCGCCCUCUGUUGGCGGUUUUGCAUCAUCACAGAGCAAAGAUCACUCAUAAUGCUGUGGCUGGUUUGGAUGAGUUCGCGUCGUUUGAAUUUGCAUAAUUCGUGUGUGUGCGCGCGCGCGCGCAUGUUCUGUCACGCGCUUAUCUCUUCCUGACUGGAUGUUUUCACGAGCACGUGGACUUUGGAGCGUGGGAGGGAAUAUGCGGAAGAGGAAGCGCAAACUUCCCUUUCGUUUUGGAGCUCGAUCGCCUUUCUGCGUUCGCUUCGGUCGGUCUCGCUCGGUGGGACCGCGUUGUGCUCACGAGCGCGCGAUGAGCGCAGCCGUGCUGGUGGAUGUCGCGCACUCGUGUCGCUGCGGCUGCAUCGAGCGGCUGCUCCGCGAGGAGGCCGCCGCGCACGCGCACUUGUUCGUGCUGUGCGCAGGCGGGGUCCGCAGUGACGCUACGGACGCGCUCGUUUGCGCGUGGAGCGGCGAGGGCAUGUGCGUCCUCCUCGACUGGCGCGCCACCGCCGCGUGCGCGUACCGCCUGAAGCAGGCGGCGGAUGAGGUGAGCGCCAUCUCGUUGCGCGUCAUCACCAGCCCGCGGGGGCGCGCCCGGCUGCUCAGGUACGAACGCGCGCUCUUCACGGCCCUGUACACGUUCACAUACCGGCUGGGCUGCGGCGCCGACGCACCUGGGCGAGAGGUGGACGAUGACGUCACCGACUUCCUGCAGCGACUUCCGGCGGUAGGAGGGGCCGUCCGGCUUCUGACGUCAUCGCUUAUCCCAGACUGCUUCGGCCACGGCUUCAGCACACGUGUCGGCGGCGUGUCGCGCGUGCCCACCUUGUCAUCUUUGAACCUGUUCAGCAGCCCCAGUAGGCGGGACUCUGCGGCCGUGGUCCACGAGAACCGGCGCCGUCUGGCGCUGCACGCCGGAUUCUACCCACGCCCUCUACAGAUGCUCAAGGUUCAGCAUUCCAGUCGUGUCUGGGUGUUAGGAAAAGCCGAGCCGGACCGCUACGACGCGGCGGUGACGGACCGGCCCGGUUCGGUCCUGGCCGCGCCGGGCGCCGACUGCAUCCCGAUGAUCUUCGCGGACCCUGUGGCCAAAGCGAUCGGCGUUGCUCACGCAGUGUACUUUUUAGGGUGGAGAGGAACGCUGCGGGGCGUCGCCGCAGCGACGGUGUCGGCCAUGACGACGGAGUUGGGCUGCGUGUGCGCCAACAUCUUGGUGGUCUUGGGCCCCUCGGUGGGUCCGUGUUGUUUCACACUGGAGCCAGAACAGGCCGCCCGCUUCCACCCGAACUGCAUUCAACGUUCGCAAUGCCACAGACCCAACGUCGACAUACGACUGGCCAACAGGCUGCAACUGGAGGAGACGGGCAUCCUUCCGCACCACAUCCACGACGACGCGAGCGUGACGACACCGUGCACGUCAUGCCACCCGCAAGACUUCUUCUCCCACGUCCGCGACGGCGCCCACUUUGGCACCCAGGUGGGCUUCGUGUGGCUCAAGGAGGGGGCGGCAACGGCGUCGGCCGCGGCCCGAUCGGUCACGGAGGCAUCACUAGGACAACAUUAGCGCCUGUGGGGAAUGUCCACUUUUGCCCUCUUGAAAAACUGUUGAUUCUUCUAUCAGGAAAACUCGAGUAUUAUUCUUAACACUGUUUGCAUUUCAUGUUCAUAUUUGAAAUUAAAUCAUAAAAAUUUGGCAGGCAUGUUAACAAAUUUGUAAAAAAAAAUUAAAUAAACAUAUUUUAAAUUCAUACUUGGUUAUAUUGCAGCCAUUUGCUAAAUUUGGAUUUGGAUUUGAACCCUGGUCUUCAGAACUGUGAGGUGCAUGUGCUAACCAGUUGCCCACCGUGCUGAUAUACAACGUGUAUAUAUGCAUAUUUUCCAAUGUCACACUUUUGGGGAAUGUUGAAUGUAAUGUAUGAACUACUGCAGUAUGUUUAAAAUUGAUAUAAAAAGUCUACACCCCCCCUGCUCAAA